AUGGAGACUUCAUCGCUCACCAACAAAAGGGCACUAUACAAAUUUGGAAGGACACUAGGCGCAGGGACAUACGGGAUUGUUCGCGAAGCAGAUGGGCCAAACGGGAAAGUAGCUGUCAAGAUCAUUCUCAAGAAGAAUGUCAAAGGCAACGAACAAAUGGUCUACGAUGAGCUUGACAUGCUGCAGCGUCUACACCAUCCUCACAUCGUCCGCUUUCAUGACUGGUUUGAAUCUAGAGACAAAUACUACAUAGUCACCCAAUUGGCCACUGGCGGAGAACUGUUCGAUAGAAUUUGCGAUUACGGAAAAUUCACGGAAAAGGAUGCAUCUCAGACACUCUUGCAAGUGCUGGACGCUGUCAAUUAUUUACAUGAGCGGAAUGUUGUUCAUCGAGAUUUGAAACCCGAGAACCUCCUUUACCUUACCCGUGCUCAAGAUUCAGAACUCGUGUUGGCCGACUUUGGCAUUGCAAAAAUGCUGGACAACCCCACGGAUGUCCUCACAACCAUGGCAGGAUCUUUUGGCUACGCUGCUCCGGAGGUCAUGUUGAAACAAGGCCAUGGAAAAGCUGUUGACAUGUGGUCUCUGGGGGUCAUUACAUAUACGCUACUGUGCGGCUAUUCUCCUUUCCGCUCGGAGAACCUCCAGGACCUGAUUGAUGAGUGCCGAAGCGGAAGUAUUGUAUUUCACGAACGAUACUGGAGGGAUGUUUCCAAGGAUGCCAAAGAUUUCAUCCUAACACUUCUACAGCCCGAUCCAACCAAACGAGCUACAAGUAAGGAAGCACUCCAGCAUCGCUGGUUGAAGGGAGAGACCGCUACGGACCACAACUUGUUGCCAGAACUCAAGGCGUAUAUGGCCAAGGCUCGCCUAAAGCGUGGCAUCGAAAUCGUCAAAUUAGCGAACCGCAUUGAGGCGCUUAAAAUGCAAGGAGAUGACGAUGAAGAUAUUCCUAGCGCCGUUCCAGAGGAUACAGCUGUCGCACCAAAAAGCGGACCAGCAGACCUGGCUUCUCCAAAAGUGCCUGAAACGGCGCCCCCGCCCACAACCAAAAAACGAAGUCUUAGUAAAGCGGCCAAAAGUGCUAUCUUCCGCGAAGUUGUCCUCGCCAAAGUUCGCCAAAUGAGACAAGAUGAGCAGAAGGAGAAGGUGGAGAAAGAGGUAUUGGAGAGAGUUGAAAAGGAGAAGCAAAAAUAG